AAUAAUGCUAUGCAUAACUUCAUUUAAAAAUUUGCGCGUGCAGAUGUAAACAGCUCGUAUAUUUCCGGAUGUGACGUUGAAUGACAAAACAAAGAGACAUUUUUAUUGGAUGACGCUGGUAAGUGACGACCCACCUUUGCAAAGGACCAAUGAACCGUAGGAGAGCGCCUCGUCGAAUCUCUCACUCACAGAGGAGGGAUGCACCAAUAGGAGGAGAGUCGAGGCAGAGAACCCAGGGGCAACGGCGAGGCCAAGACAAAGCACAAGUGAGAGAAGUGGAAGAGGAUGAAAGAUGUGAGCAGCAAGUGAAAGAAACAGUGCCCAGGGGGACCUGCCAAACCAUGUGCCCUGCUCGUGAGCUCCGGGACCGUGAAGUGCAGAACCGCCUUCACCGUUUUGAGAUGUUAGCAGGUACAGAAAGAGAUCGACGACCAAAGGGAGACCCCUUGCGUUCUGUCAAGGAGUAUUCCAGACCAGCAGCUGGGAAAGACUUGACAAACUCCGCUGACCUCCGUCCACCUGCUGUGUUGCUGAAAACUGUAUGCUACCUUAUUGAUGACAUUGCUGCCUCCCAUAGUCUGCAUUCUUGGACUGAGGGUUACAGCUUUGUUUUUGAUCGACUGCGUAGUGUGAAGCAAGACAUGAUCAUCCAGAGGGUCUCUGGGUUGCACUGUGUGGCCAUUUUAGAACGAACAGUACGUUUUCUCAUCUAUGCCUCUUAUCGUCUUUGUGGCGAGCCCCUGCGGCUCUACGACCCUCGCAUCAACGACACACAUCUACAAGAGAAUCUGAGUUGGCUGUUGGAUUGCUAUGCAGCUGGAACAGAACCACAUCCCAACCAGGAAGAGUUCCAGGCUCUUGGUCUUCUGUACAACUUGGGUUUGGCUCGUGCCACACAGCACAUCAUGGAGCUCCCUGAUGGGCUCCGCCAUGCUCCUGCCAUCAAGCUUGCUCUGUCCAUCAACCAGGCUUUUCUGGAGCGAAACCCUGUGCGUUUGCUUCGAUUGGCUCAGAGACUGAACUUCCUGCAGUGUUGUGCACUUCACCGGCACCUGGUGAUAUGUCGUAGAGAUCUGCUGCUAGUAUUCAGCCACGGAUAUAGCAGCCGCAACUGUCGCUUUCCUCUUGACAGGCUGGCUCAGCUCCUGUCCUUAGAUACAGCACUUACAAUCCGGCUCUGUAAGGAUUAUGGAGUGGGGGUCAAUCAGGACAAUCAAGUGGUUUUCUCUAAGGCUGCCUUCACUGAGCCUGAACAAGGGAAACUGCGCUGUAAACUGUACCACAGCAUAGUGUCUGAGAAACAGAGAGACCUCACUAUUGGGAGCAUCAUUCAUGGUUGCACUUGAGACAAGUAAAAGGAGUAAAGUAAUGUGAUGCUAUAUUUGUGCUUUAAAUGGUCUGUUAGCUCCUUCUGUCCCUCCACACAGAGGCCACAGUACCAUGGCAGGGAUUUAAACUCUUGUUACAGACACUUCAGCCAUUCCGCUAUUUUGUUGUUCAGAGGUUUCACAUUUCUACUCUUGAUAUUGGGUUUAAGCCUUUGGGCUUCCUUUCAGGAUGCUGAGCACUAAAAUGUUUCACCAGUGGAAUAUUUUAGAUUAUACAUGUUUACGAUUAGGGUCAGGGUUGUUGGUGAGGUAAGGGUCUGCCAUUCUCUAUCUGCAAUGAGUCAGAAGUUCUGGAUGUGCUUUCUCACCCUCAUUAUGCACUUUGUGCCUAAAUUACAACCCCAUAUCAGAAAGAAUAGGGACUGUAUAUAAAUCAAAAUUAAACCUUAAAAUAGUGAAUUGUAAAUCAUCUGUGUCCUGUAUUACAUUGAAAACAAUACAGCAGCAUAUUAUUUGAUGUGAUACCUCAU